UGAUCACCACGGAAGACAUUGCGGCUGCAGCAGUACAAUUGCUGCUGAACGAUGCCCUGCAGGGUAAGGAGCUGACGCUCACCGGCCCGGCGGCCAUCGAUCAUCACGAAGCGGCGAAGAUCAUCACGGAACGCGCCGGCAAAACGGUCACCUACAUUCCCGUAUCCGAAAGCGACCUCAUAGGCGCCAUGACGGGCGGCGGCGCGCCGGAAAGCGUGGCCAAUUACCUGGCUGCGCUGUUCCGCAACGUACGCCCAGGUAUUUGUGCAGAAGUGAACGGCAACAGUGCCGGCCUUACCGGCGGGCCG